AGAUAUCAGGAUGUCUAAAGCCAUCGAGGACAAGAUGGGGACUGAGCUUCCAGUGGACAGUACAGACUCUGAGAGGAACAGUCCAGAAGCCAGCGAUCAGACCCAGCCGAUGAAAACAAGUCCUUUCUGCCUGUCUCCUGCACCCAGCAACACAAAGGUGAAAGCCGAGGAGACUGCUGAGAUGACCAGUGUUCACGCUCCUCCAGCUCAGCCGGCUCUGCCACACACACAACUCAUGCUGGCCGGCAGUCAGCUCGCAGGGCUGGCCGCUCUCCUCCCUGCGCAGCAGCAGCUGUUGUUGCAGCAGGCUCAAGCGCAGCUGUUAGCCGCAGCCGUGCAGCAGUCGAACGCCGCGCAUGCCGCCCACGCAGCCGCGGCAGCCAAUCAGCAGCAGCAGACGCAGCAGCAGCAGGCCAAUCAGGCAGCAGCACAAGCCCAGUCUCAAACCAAACCUGAGCAAGCUCCGCCUCCACUUCUGUCACAGCCUAUCCAGCUCACUGCCCAGGCUUUCUGUCUGUCUCUGCAGGACAUUCAGCAGUUUCUGCAGUUACAGCAGCUGGUCCUGAUGCCCGGGCAUCCUCUACAGUCUCCUGCUCAGUUCCUGCUUCCUCAAGCCCAGACUCAGCAGGGGCAGCAAGGUUUGCUUUCGACAUCGAAUUUGAUUCCACUACCUCAGCAGAGCCCAGGGAGUCUCCUGACCUCCCCACCUAGACUGGGCCUUCAAGCACAGCAUCAUCUUGACGACAGGCUGUGGUCAUUGCAGAGGGAGAAGAGCGUGGAGAGCAUCAUAAGCUCCGCCCCCUCCUCAGCCCCGCCCAUGAGCUCUGUUUCCACGGUGACACCUCACGCCGAGGAGCCCAGCGAUCUGGAGGAGCUUGAACAGUUCGCCAGAACCUUCAAACAGAGGAGAAUUAAACUAGGCUUCACACAGGGGGACGUGGGUAUGGCCAUGGGUAAACUCUACGGCAAUGACUUCAGUCAGACCACCAUCUCACGCUUCGAGGCUCUCAACCUCAGCUUCAAGAACAUGUGCAAGCUCAAACCCUUGCUGGAGAAGUGGCUGAGCGAUGCAGAAACAAUGGCGAUAGACAACAUGCUGCCGAGCCCCAGUUCUCUGUCCUCACCUCUGCUGGGCUUCGAAGGCUUGCCUGGACGCCGCCGAAAGAAACGCACCAGCAUCGAGACCAACGUCCGCAUAGCCCUGGAGCGCAACUUCAUCUCGAACCAGAAGCCUACCUCUGAAGAAAUCCUGCUGAUGGCCGGGCAGCUCAACAUGGAGAAAGAGGUCAUCCGAGUCUGGUUCUGCAACCGGCGGCAGAAAGAGAAGCGCAUAAACCCCAGCAGCGCCACCCCUCCUCUGCCCAAUCAUCCUCCGGCGCAGACGCACAAACCGCCCUGCUACAGCCCGCACAUGAUGUCCAGUCAGGGACUGGCUCAAGCCGCUACCAGUCUCAGCACAACAGCCGUCAGUCCCACACCUUCUGUGGCCUGCCCUCUUAACCCCAGUGGACAUGCAGCGAUGAGCUCCGCCCCUUCCUCCAUGACUCCGCCCCCUCUCAGCACUGUCAGCCCGACUCCGCGCAGUCUCAGCAGCCCUGGCCUCAACACAGGGAACACAAUGAUGGGCGUAAGCACAGGAAUGAACCAGGCCUUCAUCAGCAGCAACCCUCUGGCCACAAUGCAAGCCCUAGCUGCCAGUGGUGGCCAGAUGCCCAUUUCCGCUCUUGAGGGCAGCGGCCAAAUGUUCCUGGGUGGAGCUGGAGGUCCAGGAGCUGGACUUCGCCAGUCCCUCUUCCUAAACCGCCCCACUUUACUGCCCCUGGCCAGGAGUGCAGGCAUGGGUCUGCUGGGCACCCCCAGGGCUUCUCCGCCUCCUGGAGCCAGCGGCACAAGCCCAGACUCCUGCUCCAUCUCCCCCUGCUCAAGCCCCGCCUCCUUCUGCUCAUUAGGCGAUGCCUCACCGCCCCCUCUGGGCGGAGCCAUGGCUGAGUGACACCCACACCAACCUGCUGCACCUGAGGGGAGUCAGAGGGGCAGAAGAAAGAAGAAAAACAAGACUCGCCUUUUCAACCAAAGCCAUCUCUCCCUCCCUCCAUUUCUCUCUUGUGCUCUCUCUCUCUCUCAUUACAUCUUUUAAUGCCAAAAAUACAGAGAAAUGAGCAGAAGAGAACAGGGAUAAGGAGAGAACAGGAUUACGGGGGACUGAUUAAACCAAAAAAUUGAGAGGUGGCUUCGACGGAGCUACUUUGAGAAUGUACAUUUAUUCCAUUCCAAGUGGAAAAAGACAAACUUACAUGAACAGUUUAAUUUGAGGGCAGGGUCGAGAGCCAAAAAACUUUGCGAAGAAACAAAAAGGAAAACGGGUGGCAACGAAUGGGACAAAGGAAGGACAUCUGACAAGCGUCACUGGAUGGUAGAGAAGAGAAACCAAAAAAUAAACACAUGGAGGAAGAAUGGAAAGACUCAAAAAGACAAAAAAAUGCCAAUACCAAAAACCAAAACCAAAAAAUCGGAGAGAAAAGCUUUACCUAAGACUUUGAAACCUGACUUGUCCAGGAUCAGAUUAACUCUACCAAAUACCAUUUUCCAUGCACCCUGAAUAAUUUCAACUUUUUUUUUAACUCUUUAUAAAUGUAUUUCUCAAUCUACCUCUGCUACCAAGUAUUUAGUUUUUCUCAUUCUUUUCGUUCCGUUUGAUCCCAUGACAUUUUCAGCAUUUCUUCCCGUCUUACUUACAAUGAAACACACAACGCCAAGCGUAUUUAGAGGGAUUUUUCUCCACUUUCGACAGUAUUACACACAUUACUGUGACACACAUCCCCGAUUCCCUUUCCAUCAUCCAUGCCUCAAACUUCGACUCACUUUUCGUGGAUACCAAAGUGUUUGUCUGGCCUUUUGCGUCAGCUGAAAAGUGCUCAGAUGACAAGACCUCAGACAUGUCAAAAAAAA